AUGUUUCUACUUUUUCAUCAUUCUUUUCUAUCUUUCUUUUUUUCAAUCUUUUUUCUUUUAAUAUUUCUUUUUAAUUUUUACCGGGUUUUCUUUUUCCGCCGUUUCGUUUUUUUAAUAACAUUUCUUCUUUUUAAUGUUUCUACUUUUUCAUCAUUCUUUUCUAUCUUUCUUUUUUUUUUUUUCAAUCUUUUUUUUCUUUUAAUAUUUCUUUUUAAUUUUUACCGGUUUCUUUUUCCGCCGUUUCUUUCCUACUUGUUUUUUUUUCUCUUUCAAUUUCUUUUUGCUGUCUUUUUAAAAAAUAUUUCUUUCUUAAUCUUUACCUUCCUUUUCAUUUUGUGUCUUCUUCAAGACACGCUUUCCUUUCUGUGUUCAUUUUUUUUUUCAUUUGUUCUUUUUUUAAUUCAAAACUCAUUUAUUUUAAUCUAUUUAAUUCUUUCUUUCUUUCUUUCUUUCUUUCUUUCUUUCUUUCUUUCUUUCCCUUCAUUUAAUAUUUUGCUCACUCAUUUUAAUCUAUUUAAUUUUUCUUUCUUUCUUUCUUUCUUUCUUUCUUUUGUUUUCUCAUCAUUUUAUAUUUUGCUCACUCAUUUUAAUCUAUUUAAUUUCUUUCUUUCCUUCUGUGGAUCCUACCACAACACCUUCUUUCUUUCUUUCUUUCUUUUGUUUUCUCAUUAUUUUAUAUUUUGCUCACUCAUUUUAAUCUAUUUAAUUUCUUUCUUUCUUUCUUUCUUUCUUUCUUUCUUUCUUUCUUUCUUUCUUUCCCUUCAUUUAAUAUUUUGCUCACUUAUUUUAAUCCAUUUAAUUUCUUUCUUUCUUUCUUUCUUUCUUUUGUGUUCUAAUCAUUUUAUAUUUUGCUCACUCAUUUUAAUCUAUUUAAUUUCUUUCUUUCUUUCUUUCUUUCUUUCUUUCUUUCUUUCUUUCCCUUCAUUUAAUAUUUUGCUCACUUGUUUUAAUCCAUUUAAUUUCUUUCUUUCUUUCUUUCUUUCUUUCUUUCUUUUGUUUUCUCAUCAUUUUAUAUUUUGCUCACUCAUUUUAAUCCAUUUAAUUUCUUUCUUUCUUUCUUUCUUUCUUUCUUUCUUUCUUUCUUUCCCUUCAUUUAAUAUUUUGCUCACUUAUUUUAAUCCAUUUAAUUUCUUUCUUUCUUUCUUUCUUUCUUUCUUUCUUUCUUUCUUUCUUUUAAAUAACAUAGACAUUACCCGCGUCAUUAUCUAUCUAUCUAUCUAUCUAUCUAUCUAUCUAUCUAUCACUGUUCAAUUUAUCUGUCUAUCUGUCUAUCACUGUCUGUUCAAUCUAUCCAUCCAUCUAUCUCAGUCUGUUCAAUCUAUCUAUCUAUCUAUCUAUCUAUCUAUCUAUCUAUCUAUCUAUCUGCUUUUAACAUCUCUCUAUCUAUCAAGCUACCUAUUUCAGUUCAUAUUUACACUAUAUAUCUAUCUAUCUAUCUAUCUAUCUAUCUAUCUAUCUAUCUAUCUAUCUAUCUAUCUAUCUAUCUAUCUAUCUAUUCCAGUCUUUUCAUUAUCUAUGUAUCUAUCUGUUGUAAGCGAGGAAGAAUUACUGACUGAAGAAUAA